GUUAACAGAUACUAUUCCAAUUGGGUUGAAACGAAAGGUCUCUCUCUUUCUCUCUCUCUCCCUCUCUCUUCACUUUGAUUUUGAAAUUGUAAAGAAAAACACACGUCCUCCGCAGGCCACCGACCGACGUCAAACCCUCUCUCUCUAGGAAGUUCUUCUCUGCUUAUCAAUCAUCAUCAGAGGGUACUGAUUUAGGGUUAUUGUUUUGGAAAUUCGAAGUUGUUGUCAGGAGUAACAGAUGAAGAGAGAUAAAUUAGACUUGUUUGUGUCUCUGAGUCGACAGAGAUCGAUUCAAGUCUUGAUCGGUGUGGGGAUUUUGUACAUAAUCAUGGUGACUCUGGAAGUUCCUUUCGUGUUCAAAACUGGGUUUAGUGCAGUAACACAAGAAAGCUUAGAUAGAUUCUUCUUCAACGAAGCAAAGUCUCAAUCUUUUGUGCUUCAAAGCGAAGAGGAAUUGGAGGAAAAACAAGCCCCAAUUCGACCCUUCAAAGUUCCCUUCAAUGCUUCCAAUCAACCCUCACAGUCCAAACCCCAUAGCCCAAUCCCAGACUACAAAAUUUUAUCGACUUUGAGUUUCAAUACCAGUGUUGUAAAUACUACUCGCAAAGAUGGGUUUUCAGAGAUUGAGAAAUCGGCCAUGGAAGCUUUUCAAAUGGGGAACAAGUUCUGGGAAGAGAUUGAAUCAGGGAAAGCUCGAGAAGAUGUCGAAAAGGCCACAGUGAAUCGAAUUGAGUCGUGCCCUGAUUCGAUUUCGCUUUCGGGUUCUGAAUUCUCCAAUAGAGGUCGAAUUAUGGUGCUUCCAUGUGGGUUGACAUUGGGAUCACAUAUAACUCUUGUGGGGAAGACAAGAGAAGCUCAUCCAGAGCACGAAACCAAGAUAUCGAUGCUGGAGACUGGUCAGUAUGUGAUGGUUUCGCAGUUUAUGAUGGAACUGCAAGGAUUGAAGACUGUUGAUGGAGAAGACCCACCAAGGAUUUUGCAUUUCAAUCCAAGAUUGAAGGGAGAUUGGAGCGAGAAACCUGUUAUUGAGCAGAAUACUUGUUAUAGGAUGCAAUGGGGGUCAGCGCUUCGCUGCGAGGGAUGGAAAUCUAGGGCUGAUGAGGAAACUGUUGAUGGUCAAGUGAAGUGUGAGAAAUGGAUCCGUGGUGAUAGCAACCGCACUGAGGAGUUGAAGGCAAAAUGGUGGUUGAACCGGCUAAUUGGCCGAACAAAAAAGGUGACUGUUGAUUGGCCAUUUCCAUUUGCAGAAGGCAAGCUGUUUAUCCUAACUCUCAGUGCAGGCUUGGAGGGCUAUCAUGUCAAUGUUGAUGGGAGGCAUGCCACCUCAUUUCCUUAUCGCACUGGAUUUGCACUUGACGAUGCCACCGGGCUAUCCUUGAAUGGCGAUGUUGAUCUCCAGUCCAUUUUUGCUGGAUCGUUGCCCACAACACACCCCAGUUUUGCUCCUCAGAGGAUUCUUGAGAUGUCAAGCAGGUGGCAGGCCCCACCACUUCCUGAUGGACCUGUGGAACUAUUCAUUGGCAUCCUUUCAGCAGGCAACCAUUUUGCUGAGCGGAUGGCUGUGAGGAGGUCUUGGAUGCAGCACAGGCUUAUCAAGUCUUCUAAUGUGGUUGCUCGUUUCUUCGUAGCACUGCAUGCAAGAAAAGAAGUGAAUGUGGACCUAAAGAAAGAAGCGGAGUUUUUUGGUGACAUUGUUAUAGUGCCUUACAUGGAUAAUUAUGACCUUGUUGUUCUGAAAACUGUUGCCAUCUGCGAAUAUGGGGUUCGCACAGCAUCAGCAAAGUAUAUAAUGAAGUGUGAUGAUGACACAUUUGUUAGAGUGAAUGCGGUUAUCAAUGAAGUAAAGAAAAUACCUGAUGGUAGAAGCUUUUAUGUGGGAAACAUUAAUUACUACCAUAAGCCUCUUCGCUCUGGUAAAUGGGCGGUCACAUAUGAGGAAUGGCCAGAAGAAGAUUAUCCACCUUAUGCAAAUGGGCCAGGCUAUACCGUGUCAUCAGACAUCGCACACUUUGUUGUAUCCAAGUAUGAGAAACAUAAAUUGAGGUUGUUCAAGAUGGAAGACGUGAGUAUGGGAAUGUGGGUCGAGCAGUUCAACAGCUCAAGACCAGUGGAGUAUAUCCACGACUUGAAGUUCUGCCAGUUUGGGUGCAUCGAAGAUUAUUAUACAGCGCAUUACCAGUCUCCGAGGCAGAUGAUGUGCUUGUGGAACAAAUUGCAACAGCUAGGCCAUCCUCUGUGCUGCAACAUGCGAUGACAAUUGGCGUUUGGUGACAGAGAAUUCAAGGGUAUAUGAACAGAAAACAAGUUUUUCCAGUGGGAAUCUGGGACUACACAAACACAAACAGGGAACAAAGAAAGUUUUGCAGGCACAGCGUUGCAUACCGUGUAUAUUCUGUUAAACGUUGACUGCUAGAUAUACUGGGGUAUUCAGACCCCUUCAAAAUUCGUCAAUUUUUUUUUUUCAUUCUUUCCCUUUUUUUCCCUCCCCUUCUAUUUUCCUUACAGAUAAUAGAAAGAUCAAGUGGGUUACAAGUGCAGGAAACUUCUGUAUACAAAUCCUUGUUCUGUAAUUUACAGAAUCACAGCAGCAUAAGGGAUGGAUUUAACUCUUUC